AUGGGACUGCUGCUGGCCCGCCGCUCUCAGAGCUCCGAGGCGACCCUCAGUCUUAGCCUGACAGGCUGCAACAAGGCGGUGGAUGGCAUUUCGCAGGUUAUUGCGUCCAUGAUCACCAUGGUACCUCUGCGUAUCCCCGCCGAUCCCAGCGCAACAGUGACGUUCCUCAUGCUAGAUGUGCAGGCGCGUCUCCGGGCCAUGAUUCCGUGGGAGCACACUGGCUGGAGCAAUAUUGCCGACAUGAAUGCAGAUUGUGGUAGCGCCUGUGCCUAUGCAUCCCCAAUGGUCGUUCAGGCCUUCCAAGACGAUGGUGCGACCAGUGCGAAGCCAUCCGUUCUUACGGCCGACGACAUGCGUGCGGUGGUCAUGGGCGCUCCCCCAUUGACCAUCUUGAGCGAAUGUCGUGUUCAGGGACGGUAUGGUGACUACAUCCUUCCACUACGAUCUAGAAAUCUUUGGCGGUUCUUUCAUUGA